AUGGCCGUCAUUAAUCGAUUAAAUGUCCCAUUAACAGGAGAAGAAUCUACAGUGUUCCGAAAAGGAUUUAUGCUAUUAGCGGAAGCAGCUAUUCGCAGAAUACAUGCAGUGAAAGCAGAAGAAUUCCAACAGGCAGCGAGACUACUUAAAUCAGCGAAACCACCGAAAUCAAACCUAACAAUUUAUGAAAGAAUUAUGGACGGGAAAGAAUAUGACAACAAGAUGACGAGCAGACAUUUGCAGAAAUUCCAGCAGUAUAGUAGUGAAGUAUGCUUAGAUUUAUCAACAAUUCAUGGUUUAAAGAUUAAAUCGUCAUUCUGUAACGAUGGAAGGCAAAUUUUUUAUGACAAACUUUGUGAUGGCUUAGUUGAUUGUAUUGAUGGUUCAGAUGAAACCGCAGAAAAAUGCUCAAAAAUUCAGUGUCCAUAUUACUCAUUUCAAUGCACUUAUGGUCCUUGCAUAAACAGAAAUAAAAUAUGUGAUGGUGUUAAAGAUUGUGCCGAUAAUUCCGAUGAAAAUGGAGAAUUUUGUGUGGCCACGUCGUCUUGCGGUCCAAUGAAAUUUCGAUGUUCAAGCAAUGAAUGCAUUGAUGUCUUCUUGAUAUGUGAUGGUCGAAAAGAUUGUAAAGAUGGAUCGGAUGAGAUUGAAGAAACGUGUAGAACCACUUAUUGUCCGUCAUCAUUUUUUAAAUGUAAAUAUGGAGCUUGUGUGGCUAAAACUGCUGAUUGUAAUGGAGUUGAAGAAUGUGCUGAUGGUUCCGAUGAAAUUAAGUGUUCUAAAGAUUGA